GAGUGACAGCACUCGUCAUACAUACAGCAUGCAGUAACUAUAUAUCAAGACUAGUAGUUGAGAAACAAACUAAGCAAGGAGAGAGACGGGGGGAGAGAGAGAGAGAGAGAGAGAGAGAGAGAGAGAGAGAGAGAGAGAGAGAGAGAGAAGAGAGAGCUAGGUUAUAAUAAAGAAAGAUAUACAUAUGGAGUGGAGGCCAUGUUAUUUGGAUGUGAUACUCGUUCCUUUAGGGUUCUUAAUAGUGGCUGGUUAUCAUGUGUGGUUAUGGCACAAGGUUAGGACUCAGCCUGAAAGCACCAUCAUCGGAAUCAAUGCAAACGGACGUCGUUUUUGGGUCUCCGCCAUUGUCAAGGAUAAUGAGAAGAAAAACAUUCUGGCGGUGCAAACCCUUAGGAACACAAUCAUGGGAUCAACGUUGAUGGCCACGACAUCCAUACUUCUAUGCUCAGGACUGGCAGCCGUUAUAAGCAGCACGUACAGCGUGAAGAAGCCACUAAACGACACCGUUUAUGGGGCCCACGGGGACUUCAUGGUGGCCCUCAAGUACGUGACUCUCCUCACAAUAUUCCUAUUCUCCUUCCUGUGCCACUCCCUCUCCAUCCGCUUCAUCAACCAGGUCAACAUCCUAAUCAACAGCCCACAAGACGACACGUCGUUAGUCACCACCGCCUACAUCGCCGAGCUUUUGGAGAAGGGCUACCUCCUCAACACCAUCGGAAACCGCCUCUUCUACGCCGCCCUACCGCUCCUGCUUUGGAUCUUCGGCCCGGUCCUCGUCUUCCUAUGCUCCCUCACCAUGGUCCCGGUGCUCUACAACUUGGACUUUGUGUUCAAUGGGAGUGGUGGUGGUGAGAGGAAGGAGAAAGUUGUCAACGGAAGUGAUCAAGUUGGAGAGUUUGUAUGAAAAAUAAGAAACUUGAUCAUCAAGUAGUGCUAGUACUACUCUAGUACUUGUGUCAUCAUGAGUACUACUACAAAUAUAUUGGUCCAAUUUGUCCAAUUGGAUCAUGUGGUACUCAUUUUGUUGUUUUGUAAGUAGUGGUUUACAAGGAUAUGAUGAUUUGAAGAUCUUGAAUGAUAGAUCACCUCU